UUUUUUUUUUUAUAUCCUUAUCUUUCUCUAUAUUUCUAUCUCUAUCUCUAUCUUUAUCUCUAUCUCUUCAUUGGGAUAAUGCUAACAACGGAGGAACGCCGGGAGAGGAGAAGAAGAAAAGGAAAGCCUUUCAAUUUCGAGAUUGGGGAGAUACAGACAAAGAUUAUGGAUACCAUUACAGCUGCAGGGCCAUUGCGUAGUAGGUUAUUUUGGACUACUGAAAUGGAUAAAGUUUUUCUGUCAUUGUUGGUCGAGCACGCCCCUAACAGAGAUAAGGAGGGUUCAACAUUCAAAAGAGAAGUAUGGCUGGACAUGCUGGUUAGAUUCAACGAGAAGACAGACAUGAAUAUUGAUACUGAUCAACUGAAGAACCGGCUGAGAUUCUAUAGACAUGAGUACAGGACUGUAAUGUUUCUCAGGAGUCUCCCUGAGUUCGGUUGGGAUGAGAAAAAACAACUCGUGGUCGCUGAUGAAGCUUGCUGGAGCAAAAGCAUUACUAAACAUAGGGCAGCAAAGUUUUACAAACAAAAACCAGUCACUUGUUUUCGAGAGCUGGAGAUCAUUUUUGGUCCAUCAAAAGACAAUGGGAAUCGAUCAUGCUCUGGUCAAGACACUGAUGCAUUGGAGGAAGACACGAUCGAGGGGAUGGAUGGAUUUGAAGCAACCGAAGUAUCUAACCUAAAUGUAGUAUCGAAAGAUGAGAAUAAUGAUCCUAGUGAGCCUUCCACUACUCCAAACACAACAAACUUGUUGACAGCACAACCUCCACAGCAAUCAAACAUCAUCAAUCAUCGCAAAAGACACCGAUCAUAUUCCGGUGUGACACUGACGUCAAACAGACAUCAAGACAUUUCUGAGAGGAAGGUAGAGUCAGUACCUGCGAGUUUAGGGACUGAUCCAUUCAAAUGCUUGGAUAAAUGCAUAAGUGAGCUGAAUAUGAUGGAAGGUUUGGAUGAUGACCUUUACGUCAAAACAUUAAUCAUAUUGAGAGAUGAAUACAACAGAUGUGUAUUCCUAAGGACAAAUGGCCACAGACGUCUAGCUUGGCUACGGGUUGCUACUCGCGUCGCAGAUGUUUAGCUGCACUUACACUCUUCAUUUAUAGUUUUAUUUUUCUUUAUUUAACCUUUUAUUAGACUAGUUAGCUUAGUGAAAUUACAUGCCUAAGUGUAGCAUCAUUGUACAUGCUUAUGAAUGACAUCCAAAUUUCUUAUUGACUUAUGUGUCUUAAGUUUUUAGGGUUCUCACAGUAGUACAUAAAGUUCUGUAAAUAUGUAGACUGGCAUAUAAUUCAAUUUUAUUGGGUAUUUUUCAGGAA